ACUGCUCUCGCCGCCUAACCCUACCAUAUUCUCUCUCUCUCUCUCUUGAUCGUCCGGCGAACUCUACUCUUUCUCCGCGCAGACGGCGUUUACCUCGGCUAUCAUUAAGUAAUUUCAUGCCGAUAUAUAAUUAAUGAGCUCCGCGGUGAAGGGGGAGGAGGAGGCGAGCUGGCGAUCGGCAUGGCUGCGCGGCGGAAGGAUAUCGGAAGUCACCUGGAUAGGUCAGGACGUGCUCGCUUGGUGCUCCGGCCUGCAUGUUGUGUUUCUCGAUGUGCUCAGUGGCAAGAUAAGGUUGCCCAGAUUCACCGAGGAUGUUGAGAAAGUUGGAGUGUCCUGUCUGUCGGGACACUUGAGUCGAAGAGUGUUCGCUUUUGCUGAGAAGAAUCGGAAACCGCGGAUACUGGUUUACGCGUACCCGUCGAUGCAGAGGAUAUCCGAGUGCGCCAAGGGAACGAGUCAGGCUUACUUAGCGACGGCCUUUGCCGGUGACUAUCUAGUGUCGGUGGGAUCGGUACCGGAUUUCAAGCUCAUCGUUUGGUCGUGGAGAAGUGGCGACAAGAUCACCAGUGUUGAAACUACGAUCGACGAUGCGGGAGGUUACGGACAGACUCUGAGGGUGAACUUUUUCACGCCAACGUUCAUUGCUCAGAUCAGUAACACAACCGGUCGUCUCUGCACCUGGCACAUGACGAUCUCUGGCAGCAGUACCGCGAUUCUCAACAGCUUUAAGAUAUCUCUACCCAAAAAAGCUCUGGUAAAAGACGCCUCUUGGUGUCCAGCCACGGCCAUCACCGAUGGACAAGAUACUCUAGCGAUCGUCGAUCGCGAUGGUCACAUCUACCUGUGCCGACGCAACGGAGACGAUUUAAAACGCGUCGUACGGUCUCAACGUUGUGGCGUCUGUCUAGAAAUCGAACCAGCUGCGAUCUGCUGGCAUCGCGGUGGCAUAGUGCUGCGAACGACUUUCUGUCAAAUACGUUACUACACGAAGGACGAAAAAGGCGCUUGGAGGAAGAACUGGUACUCGAAGAGUGGACACUACCCCAUCGCGUUGACGUCUCACCCUUUCAGAGACGAUCGAGUGUUUUACGCUACAAGGGAAGGACACAUUGUCCAGAUUAAAUUUUCCGAAGAUAGGAUGGAUGCUGAGAUGGCCGUGAGGUACUUCAGUGGAGGAAGGUACAAGUUCGUGGACAUGGUGCAUCCUUGGGAUGAACAGAUUGUGGCGGUGGAGGAAUCGAAGGAGCUUGCGGUCAUUCGAGUUCAAGAAGGUGUCGAAGUGACAAGAGCUGAUCUGAAUGUGGAGGGAAGCGUUAUGACGAUGGUGUCACACCUGGAAUAUCCUUUAAUUGUUGUUUGUUCCGAUGUCGGUGAGGUCGUUUUCGUAAGCUUACUGUGUUACGAUGAGCCGGUAGUUCUUGGAAAGUACAGGAUACAAUUCGAGACAUUGGACUUGUUGAAGUUUUCUAGUUCUGGAAGGUACUUGGCAGCUUGCCAGAAGGAUGAAGGAAUUUGUUACUUGUUGAAUGUUUCGUAUGCACAGCCAAUCGAAGUGUUGACUCGACUAGAAACCAACACAAUGAUAGUAGAUAUUCUAUUGUUUGAUGUACAGAAUAACCUGCAGCUUUAUGUACUGGGACGCUCGUCGAAAGUAGCUUCUAUCGGAUGCAAGCUCUUGCUGUACGAGCUUUCCAGAAACCAUGAAUUAAAGAAGAAUCCUUUAGCUUUUAAUCUCAAAACGUUUUACAAGCAUCUGCAUUACGCGUUUGGAGAACCUAAUACAUUCGUGGGAACACCUUACCUUAAAAAGCAAUUGAGAUUCUUUAAGAUCGAAGAUAGAACUGACGUCGCGUGUUUUGAUGUGAAACCUACUAGACACAACGUGAGAGAAGUCAAGAUAUUCACGUACAAAAAGUGGUUGAUAACUGCCGGCUUCGACGGAUUGGCCGUCAUAAGAAGUGACAACCUAAGAAGUAGCUAUAGCGUAAAUCUCAUGACGCAUCAUCCGCGGGAUUCCGGUGUAGCGAAAGCUAUACUGAACGAUUCCGGCGAUUUAUUGAUUGCGUUGGGUAUCGAUGGCUCAUUGGUCGCCGUGAGACGAUGGAACUUGGAAAAACCGCCACAAGUCGAUGACGGCUUCAAGAAUCUUUGGGAAUUCGGUCGUACGGAUUUCGAGGAUCACAAGGGUAUAAUUGCAGAGUACUCGAACACUUUGGAUAACAAAUUAAAAGAAUUCCUGUCUGAGUCAACACUGGCCUUCGUGAACUACGAAGGAUCGGAUACCUUGACAUGGGUUCAGUGGAAGGAGCAACAAAGGAUCGAGGACGAAAAUAAAACUGCUUCGAAUGAAAAACAGAAAAUACUGACGAAAUUCCUCUCUUUGAAGAACAAAGUCGUAGGAUUGCUCGACAAGAACGAACAUUUCUCCCAACUAGAUCAGCUUCCAAUCUCAGCAUUCGAUCUCAACAAAGGCUUCCGUGAGAAACGAAUAAAAGCCGCAAAAGACGAUCGCGAAGACGUGAGACACCAGGUGGAGUCGGAUUGUCAGGAAAGAGAACGAGUCGCCGAUUGGAUUCAGUCCAAGUUUUGGGAGCCUCAGACAGUUUUGGCUAAGUCGAUCUUCGGCAUAUUCGAUGAAACCGAAGUCACGAAUUAUACUAUCUGCGCAGACAAGAUCGGCCUACCGGACUUCUUCGAUUUUGCCCAAUUCGCGCGCAACAUCGCCAAAGAGAUAACUACUUACGACACUAUCUACCCCUGGGAGACUUACACGCCAUCGGAGCUCAAUGCAAUGUUCGACAAGCAGUUGAGGGUCAAGAAAUCGGAUGAAAUCGAGAAAAUCGGCAACCUGGUAGGUGCCGAAGAGGACAUCGAUGCCGACGACGAGGAGCAGAGGAAUCGACAACUGCUGGAAGGCAUGACAACCCAGCACUUCAUCGAGCCAUGUGCCCAGUACUACUCUCAGUUCAAGCUCUACGCGUUCUCGCAAAUCCUCAGCGACAAUCGCUACAUAGUAGAGGACUGCAAGAGGCUGCGGCUGUGCUUCAACAAGCUGUUCGAGGAGAUGCAGUCGGUAAAGGAGCGCGAAAUGAAUUUGGCCCGGGAGCGCAUCGACCGCAUUCUCUACAUAAGUUACGAACUCUGGGAAAUGUUCCAAGAGCUUGUCGGGCAAACCUUCGAGUAUCCCGAGUGGCGGCCGAAGGAAAAACCGGAAACUAUCGUGAGGGUGACGGACGCCGAAAUGUCGGCCCGACUAUACGUGUCGCCGUCGCAGCAGGAGCUGCGCGAUAAGCAGGCGGCUGAAGAGGAGCGACAGCGAAUAGCCCUUCUGGCUGACGAUUUCCGACCGCGUGCCUUGCAGCGCAUGAUGGACGGUGUACUGGAGGUCAGGUGGGAAGACCUAAUCAAGCGAGAGCCCGAUCUACCCGAAUGCCUGCGUCUCGGCAAGAGACUCGAGGACUACUCCGACGAGGACACUCUCGUUGUCGGCCGAUACGAGCAGGAGAUGCGGAAUCUCGAGUCCGAGCGCGCGAAGUACCGAAAGAUCUUGCAGAUGGAUUACGCGAAAAUCAGCGAGGCUCUCGCCGAGGGUAUCGGCAGAUUUAAUUCGAGACUCGAGGAUUUUUAUUUAUUGAAAAUGAAAGUCGAAGCGGCUAUACAGCAGUUGAACCUCCGCUAUGUGAGGUACCUCGCGAGGCACGUCAACCGAGUUGACGAGUUCAAAGCCGACGACGAGGUCAAAGAGAGGAUCAAGGAAAAACAGCGACUCGCGUCGACGAUCGCGGAGGACGUGAAAAUAGUGCAGAGCGUCGAGCAGGAGCUGCGCAAUCAGUACGAGACUCUGAGCGCCAAGGACAGGUACAUGGAGAAGAAACUGAAAAACGAGUUCCCGACUCUGGGAAAAAACGCCUUCACCGCGAUAACAGUUCAGUACAAAAGACGGCCGCGAACAGUUUUGAAGACGACUUCGUCGGUCGAAGUGCUGGAUCUUGGAAAAUGCAUUAUAUCCAUGAACAAGCUGCCAUACCUGACGCCCGAUUGCUCGGAAUACUUGAAGCAAUUAGAAAUUUUGGACGUUCGCCCGGCGGCUCUGCCACAGUCCGUAGACGCUAGUCAUUGGGAGAAUCUAGUGGCUCUUAGACGUCUCAAGAUCGACCACGAGCUUCGCCAACACGCCGUCUGGCUCGAUAUAGAGUCCGUCACUAAUACCUUGGCAGUUUACCAUCGAACGUUGUCCCAACACAAGCUCGACUGCGACUCUCUCGCGGAUCAUCUCAGACGUUCUCGCGCCGACAGAGUCGAACGCGAACUCGACGCCGAGCUGCAACUGGUUCUGAAACUGGGUCAGACCGAGCUGGACGAUAGUAUGAAAGGCAACGUUUACGAAGACGGUUCCAGGGCAUUACUGAUCACGAGAGCCGAGAUAGAGAGGGUGAAUGAUGCCAUAGUCGACAUGGGAGCGAAGAAACUCAAGGCGAUGCAGAAGAGUCUGGAGUUCAGGAGAGGCAUCGCCGAGGAGGACUGGGAGCACGAGAUUCUCAGGACCAAGUUGAGACACCUGGGGACGGAGCUGUACUACGCGAGGAUGGCCAAUGUGACGAGGGAGAUGAGAGAGGUGCUGAGGAGGUGGAAGAUAGGAGCGAAGGAGGACAAGACCACGCAGAAGAUGGAGAGAGACUUCGAGGCAGUGCGUUCCAACGCUGAGAAGGUUUUGAAAGAGUGGGAGAUGAAGUUGGAGGAAGUAGGCAAGGAAGUCGCGAGGGUCCAGCGAAAGAACAGAAAAAUGGACCGAGUCAUCACCGAGAUGAACGUCGAGAGGUGCGACAUGGAGCUCAAGCAAGACGUCGAGGGAGAAACGAGACAGAAGGACUACCGCGAGAGAGUCGUCAAACUCACCGCCGAGCGAUCGGCUAUUAUCAGAAAACUUCUGGCUAAUUACGAAGAGUUGCUGGAAAUUCGCAGAGUACGUGACGACCUGACCUGUACAAGUAGCCUGCCGGUAAAAAUUUUACCCGAAAUGUCCAUCGUCGAAGAGUAAACAAUGUUCCCUCAUUAAUAAAAUAUAAAAAGCUUUUUGUGAAGAAAAAAAAACUUAUCGUCAUUGAAUGCAGACUGCACAUUUAUACAAGCAUCAUAAAUA